AUGGAGAACAACCCGCCGGCGUCGGUUAGCGAUGACGCGGUGAUGAGGGAGGCGGCGGAGACGGCGGCGACGACGACGACGCAGCGGACGGAGGAGGGGCAGGAGCAGGAGGGGCAGGAAGUGAAGGAAGUGAAGGAAUCGGCGGGGGUGGAGAAGAAGGAGGUGGACAUGGGAAAAGACGGGGGUGGUGGUGGUGGUGGUGGUGUCGUUGAUGCGCCCCCACCCCCGGUGGCUGAGGAGAUGCUCCCCGCGGCACCGCAGCAACCGCAGAAGCAGGGCGAGGACACGCCGAUGCGGGUGCCGGAGAAAGCGGGCAGCCCGGUGCCGGAAGUGCAGAAAGCGGAGCCGCCUGUGCAGACGCAGACACAGACACAGACACAGACACAGACACAGACACAGACGCAGCCGGAGGACCAUCCAAUGUCCGGAACCGACGAUGCUCACCCACCACCCCCACCCCCACCGCCGCCGCCGCCUAUACCAGAAGCAGUAGAAGCCGCGCCAUUGCUCCCCGCUGAAGCCACCCCCGCGGCGGUAGUGCCCUCCCUCGACCCCCUCGACCCGUUCGGCCUCUCGCUCGCCCUCCCCGCCGUCCCCCCCAUCCCCAUCCCCAUCCCCAUCCCCAUCGCCGCCGACCCACACCCCCCCACCACAACCACAACCACAACCACCGCGCCCGCCCUCCCCCCCCUCCCGAUCCCCACCGCCCCGCAGCAGCCGCAAUCGCAAGUCACCCCCUCUCCCGUCGUGCACCCCGGCGAGCUGCACGAAUUCCUAGCCGACCCCGACCCGCGCGCGCGCCGCCGGUCCUCGCUCAACGCCGGCAUCGCAGGCCUCGAGGAGCUGCGCAACCGCGAGCACGCCGCGUCGCUGCAGGACCUGGUCGAGUGCGCGGCCCACGUCAUCAAUGCGUUUGUGCGGCUGGACUUUGACGACGGCCAGGUCUUCUACGUGCAGAACUCGUCCGUGGUGUUUGGGCGCGCCGAGGGCGCCACCAGCAGCUCGUUCCAGCAGUGCGGGCCCGACGGGAGCACGGUUGUGGGCGGCGCGGGCAUGGGCAUGGGGUUUGGCGGGUUUGAUCCGAAGACGGCGCCUGGCGCGAUGAGCAUGAAGAGGGAGAAGAAGAAGCGGAGGAAGAAGAAGGACGAGAACGCCGGUGGCGGCGACGGCGGCGGCGGCGGCGGUGGUGGCGGUGGUGGCGGUGGUGGCGACGAUGUGAUGAGGCCGCAGAUGCUCCGUGGAGGGGAGGCCGAGGAGGAGGACGACAUACCCGUCAUCCACCUGCCGCUCAAUGGCGCGGACACGCUGCCGCUGCCUCCGCGGAAGAACAUCUCGCGGAGACAUGCACUCCUGACGUACAACUUUGCCAAGCGCCGGUUCGAGUUCAAGGUCACGGGCAAGAACGGGGCGUUCGUGGACGAGGAGUUUGUGGGGUCGGGGACCACGUGGGUUGUUCCCGAGGCCGGCAUGAGGGUCCAGAUUGGCGGCAUCGGCUUCAAGAUUGUGGUGCCGGUUGAGCAGGGCGGGGGCCAGUUUGAGGAGAAGAAGCAGGAGCAGCCGGCACGGCCGCCACCAGGCAGAGGGAAGGGCAAGAUGAGUCUGGCGUUCACAGACGAGCAUGGCAACGAAGUCAAGACCGACGACUACAGCGAGGACGAGGACGAGGACGAGGACGAGGACAUGGCCCAGAUGGAUGAAGAGGGCGACGGCGAAAUUGACAGUGACGGGAGCAUGGAGGGCUCGGACGACGAGGAGGACGAGGAGGACGAUGAUGAGGACGAGGAGGGCGACGAGGACGAGGAGGAGGAGGAGGAGGUCGAGGUCGAGGACGACGAGGCCGAGCAGGGCGACGCCGAGAACGAGGGCGAUUCCUCGAGCGAGCUCUCGUCCUCCUCCGACGAGGAAGAGGAGGCCCCACCGCCGCCUGAGCCUAUCAUGGUCGAGAAGAAACGGGGCCGGGGCCGCCCACGCAAAGACGAGUCCGUCCACUCCCGGAUUGAGGCGGAGAAGGCGCGUGCCAAAGAGCUCGCCCGCCAGAAGGAGGAGCGUAGAAAGAAGGAGAAGCUCGAGGCAGCACGCCGCCAGAAGGAGGCAGAAAGGGAGCGCGCUGCAGAGCGCAAGAGACUCGAGAAGGAGGAGCGUCAGCGUCAAAAGGACAAGCUCGCGCGUGAACGGGAGCGCGAGAAGGAGCGAGAACGCCGUGAGCGUGAGCAGCGCAAAGAGCAGCAGAAGAAGCUGCACCUCCCGCAGCCCAGAGAGGAGCCCAAGAAGGCGACAAAGCUGUACUUGCCCACGCCCGCCAAGAAAAAAGAGGCUGAAAAAUCAUUGGCUCAGCAGUCGCCAGUCACCAAGAAAGGGCCUGGAAGACCGCCCAAGCAGCAGCAACCACCGGUACCAGAACAGCCAAAACAGGACAUGGAGGGGCAGCACGAGAACCACCAUACAUACGCUGACCCAAUGGCUGCACUGGCAUCGGCGACUGAAUCGCUUUCUCCCCCUCCGCCGCCGCCGCCGCAGCAGCAGCAGAUGAUCCCCGAGCCGGAGCAGGCGUUCUCGCCGUCCAAUCCCCUCAUGGCUGUCGCGGCGUUCAAUGCGUCAGCCCCGCCGAUCGAUCCCCAGCUGUACAAUUCGGCCCCGAGCUAUACGCCCCCGAUCGCAAUGCACCCACACGCCAACAUCCACCAGGAGCCAUCCCCUCCCCGUGGCCGUGAGCGCGAGCGGAAGGAGCCAAAGCCCAAGAAGGAGAAGCCGCAGCCCAAGAAGCGCACUCCAUCGCCCGAGAUCAACGAGGCCGACUACCCCCCGGAGGCGCUGCUCAAGCCCUCGGCCUCCUAUGUCAUUCUGAUCCACGAGGCCAUCUCCAACAGCGGCCAGCAGGCACUCACGCUCCCGCAGAUCUACAAGGCCAUCGAGCGCAAGUACCCCUACUUCAAGCUGCGGGUCACCACCACCGGCUGGCAGAGCAGUGUCCGCCACAACCUCGGCGCCCACAAAGCGUUCACCAAGGUUACGCGCAGCGGGAAGGGCUGGCUGUGGGGCAUCAACGAGGGCGUCUCCAUCGAGAAGGAGAAGAACAAGGCCAACAUCGCCGCCCAGCGCCCCGCCGCAUACCAGCAGCAGCAGCACCAUCCGCCGCAUCCACAGCAAAACAUGCAGUACUAUCAACAGCACCAUGCGUCGCAGCAGCUGCAGGCCAACGGUCACCACUUCCAUCCGCAGAUCCCCAUGUACGCCCCGGACCCUGCACACAUCCCCCAGCGCCCGCAAUACGCACACCCCUCUGCGCCCCCGCCGCCCCCGCAGGUCUACCCGCAGCAGCAGCAGCAGAGAAUGCCGCCUAUGCCAUUAGCCUACCAGCCGCCGCCCCCGCAGCCGCAGCAGGUCCCCGUCCACAGGCCCCCGCCGCCCCAGCAGCAGCAGCAGCCCACGCAGCAACCCACGCAGCAGUUCCCGCACGCCCCCAUCCCGCCGCCGUCGAAGCUUGCAGCGUCCCCGGAGAUCAUUGCCGCGAUAGAGGUGCUCAAGAACCAGCUUUCGCGGGUCUCGUCGGACCCGGCAAGCAGGGACGCGUCGGGGCUGGAUCCGAAGCUGGUCGUGCAAGCGCAGUCCGUCGUGCAUGGGCUUAUCAGUGGAAAACUCAAGAACGUGGGCGUCGAGGUCGUCAAGCAGCUCAGUAGGCUGCUGGAGGCGAGGGGCGUCAGGGAUUUGAAGUCGCCUAUGAAGCCGCAGCUUCCGGUUGCCGCGGCUGCUCCUGUCCCAGCUCCCACUCAAGCUCCGGCCCCGGCCCCAGCUCAGGCCCAGGCUCCGGCUCAAGCCCAAGCCCCGGCUCAGGCCCCAGCUGCCCCACAGGCACAAACCUCCCAACAAGCGCCUCAGCAAACACAGACUCCUCAGCAGGCGCAGAAGCCGACAGCGCUGGCUACGACUAACUAUAAAAACCUGUCGAUCGAGAAGAAGCAGGCACUGUACCGUGCACUGUUAGUGGCAAAGGAAAAGAAGGAGCGGGAAGCUAAAGAGGCUGCAGCAGCAGCCGCUGCAGCCGCUGCCGUCGCUGGUGGAAGUGCUGGUGGUGGUGUGAAGAGGCCGUUGGAGGAGGGGGGCAGUGAGCCCGUGGCGAAAAAGGUUGAUUUGGGGACGACGAGUGCGGCGUAA